CCACAGCCCUCCCCUUCCAUGUCCACCGUAGAAAACAAAUACUAGAAUAACAGAAGAAACGGAUCAAAUGUUUUUGGAUCACGUUUUUCAAACAUGUUAACGUUUCAACCCACUCGAGCAGGAGGGGGGUUAUUGAGACCAGCUGAUUAGCGCUGCGAGCUGUCUGAGAGGCGGAAGUGAGGUCACCAGGAGCGCGUUCAUGUUAUUAUUGUUAUUUUGGUAGCUGGCAGUGUGAUGAGACGGACUGGAGAGCCGGCGGGCUCAAAGACUAGGUUAUUGCUCUUCCAGGCCGCCCCGGACUAAGCAGCAAUCCCGGAGAAAGAAGCCCUGUUGUCGGCAGGGGAGAGCACCCAGCCCAGGCUCCUCUCCCACCAGCAGCCCUUCGAACGACACAGGCUACAAAAACAAUACGGUAUCCGUCAAACCUAACGCUGGCCCCAGACGUGUUGUGUACGGUAACACCCUCCGCAGUACGGUAACACCCUCCGCAGAUAUGAACGGCAUCACCAAGGGCAGGUUUGAGGUGUUUUCCAACAGCGAUGAAGCUCCCAUUAACAAGAAGCUUCCCAAGGAGCUGCUGCUUAGAAUCUUCUCCAACCUGGAUGUGAUCACAUUGUGCAGGUGUGCCCAGGUGUCCAAGGCGUGGAAUGUCCUGGCCUUGGAUGGUAGUAACUGGCAGAAGAUUGACCUGUUCAACUUCCAGACAGACAUAGAGGGUAGAGUAGUGGAGAACAUCUCUAAGCGAUGUGGAGGCUUCCUGAGGCAGCUGAGUUUGAGGGGAUGUAUCAGUGUGGGAGACGCAUCCAUGAGGACGUUUUCCCUGAACUGCCGUAGCAUUGAGGUUUUGAACCUGAACGGCUGCACUAAGAUCACAGACAGCACCUGUCUCAGCCUCUCCAAGUUCUGCUGCAAACUCAAACAGCUGGACCUCACCUCCUGUGUGUCUGUUACCAACCACUCCCUCAAAGCUCUCAGUGAUGGCUGUAGUAUGUUGGAGACAUUAAACCUGUCGUGGUGUGACCAAAUCACCAGAGAUGGCAUCGAGGCUCUGACCAGGGGCUGUAACAACCUACAAGCACUGUUCCUACGUGGCUGCACACAGUUGGAGGAUGGAGCACUGAAACCCCUUCAGAAACACUGUCCUGAACUAACCACUAUCAACAUGCAGACCUGCUCAAUAACUGAUGAUGGCUUGGUCAGCCUGUGUCGGGGGUGCCACAAACUGCAGAUGCUGUGUAUCUCUGGCUGCAGUAACAUUACAGACGCCUCUCUCACCGCUCUGGGCCUCAACUGCCCCCGACUCAAGAUCUUGGAAGCAGCAAGGUGUUCACAUGUUACAGACGCUGGGUUUACUGUACUGGCCAGGCAUUGUCAUGAGAUGGAAAAAAUGGAUUUAGAAGAAUGUGUUUUGGUGACUGACAACACUCUAGUUCAGCUCGCUAUUCACUGCCCUCGUCUGCAAGCACUGUCCCUCUCCCACUGUGAGCUGAUAACUGACGACGGUAUCAGGGCGCUGAGCAGCAGUGUGUGUGGACAGGAGCGCCUCACGGUGGUGGAGUUGGAUAACUGCCCUCUGAUCACAGACGGGACUCUGGAGCACCUGAAAAACUGCCACCGUCUGGAGAGGAUAGAACUCUACGACUGCCAGCAGGUCACCAGGGCCGGCAUCAAACGCAUACGGGCCCAUCUCCCAGAGAUAAAGGUCCACGCCUACUUUGCCCCGGUGACGCCCCCUCCCUCGGUGCACGGCGGGGGCCAUAGGCUGUGUCGCUGCUGCGUCAUCCUCUGACAGUGGAGGACCGGGGGGCAGCUCUGUCUACAGGGCCUACUGCUGUGACCCCCACCCCCAACAACAAUAACCCACCGCCAUGGGAUGAGUCCGACCCUGAACCCCGCCACGACGACACAACACCCUGAACCCCGCCACGACGACACAACAUCCUGAACCCCGCCACGACGACACAACACCCUGAACCCCGCCACGACGACACAACACCCUGAACCCCGCCACGACGACACAACACCUGAACGACACAACACCCUGAACCCCGCCACGACGACACAACACCCUGAACCCCGCCACGACGACACUAACACCCUGAACCCC